AUGCUGGGAUUUAUCGCAGCAAUCGCUACAUUUUACUCUGUGGCUUCAUAUAUUUUGCUAAGGCGACCUACUAUACUUCAUAGGAGGAAGCAGUUUCCCAUUGAUGCUCCUCAUAUCAGUCAUCGUGGUGGCUCUGGUGAAAAAAUUGAAAAUACUCUAGAAGCUUUCAGUAGUUCUCUCUUAGCUGGUACGAAUAUGUUUGAGACUGAUUGUCACCUUACCAAAGAUAACCAAGUCGUGGUGUUUCACGAUCAGUCAUUAGAUCGUUGUACUGGCGUAUCAGGACUGAUUAAAGACUUCUCGUACGAAGAUCUACCUCGAUACCUAAAUGUCAUCGAAGUUCAGUUUUCUCCAGGUUCCUUUUGUAACGAGAUGUCCUCUCCAUCAUAUAAAAUUGCGCGAUUAAAGGAUUUGUUUCUUAAGUUUCCGGACAUCCCUAUCAAUAUCGAUAUCAAAGUCCAUGAUGAUUUGCUUAUUAACGAGGUUGCACGUCUUAUUGAAACACAUAAUCGAGAGCGGAUAACUAUAUGGGGACAUUCUUACUUUCCCUCCAUUCUCCUACGUCGUGUGGAUAAUGGCUUGCUAUUUUUUGGACUGCUGCCGUUUUUACCAAUAAAAUAUGAUUGCUUUGAACUACCCUUAAUCUCUGUUAUUCGGUCUAAUGAAUUCGCUAGGCGACGUAAUUGGCAUGGUUUUCUACCUAAUACAGCUCUCCUACUUUCAGAGUACGUCUUAUCCUCAUCUCUUUUCAUACAACAUUUGCGAAAACGUGGAAUUCCGGUAUUCUUUUGGGUGUGUAACAAUGAGAACGAUAUGCGAAAAGCUUUUGAAAUUGGUGCCUCUGGUGUAAUGACUGAUUAUCCAAAGGAGUUAACCAACUUCUUGAAAAACAAUCCGAAAUUUCCGAAAGUAUUUUAA